UAAUACGGAGCAUUUGACCUUCCAAUCUCCACAGCUGAAUCUCCUGAUACCAGGAUUAGGAAAGAAGAAAGAGUGCCUUCAGAACCAAUAUGUAGCAAAUGGGUAUCACACCUCUGAAGCUCCUCCCUUGGUUCAAUGCUUGCAUGUUUUAAGGAUCCUUGUUGCCUCAGCAGUGAAUUGUUCUUGUGAACUUCAGAAACAGAUUUCAUGUGGUGCUUGCUAAACGUUGAGUCACCAUGAGUAGUAAUCUAGGAAAAGAAAAGGACUGUAAAGAGAAGGAUCCAAAAGUCCCAUCGUCAAAAGAAAGGGAGAAGGAGGCCAAAGCCUCUGGAGGAUUUGGGAAAGAGAGCAAAGAAAAGGAGCCUAAGACCAAAGGGAAAGAUGCCAAAGAUGGAAAGAAGGACUCCAGUAGCACGCAGCCUGGGGUAGCUUUUUCAGUGGACAAUACGAUAAAAAGACCUAAUCCAGCCACAGGUACCCGCAAAAAAUCCAGCAAUGCUGAAGUGAUCAAAGAGCUAAAUAAAUGCCGGGAAGAGAAUUCAAUGCGCUUGGACUUGUCCAAGAGGUCUAUACACAUGCUUCCAUCAGCUAUCAAAGAGCUAACGCAGUUAACAGAACUUUAUUUAUACAGUAACAAACUGCAGUCCCUACCGGCAGAGGUGGGUUGUCUUGUGAACCUGAUGACACUGGCCCUGAGUGAAAACUCACUUACCAGUUUGCCUGACUCUCUUGAUAACUUGAAGAAACUGCGCAUGCUUGACCUGCGGCAUAACAAACUUAGAGAAAUCCCUUCAGUGGUGUAUAAGCUAAGCUCUCUCGCCACUCUUUACCUACGCUUUAAUCGUAUAACUACUGUGGAAAAGGAUAUCAAAAACUUGUCAAAACUCACCAUGCUUAGCAUACGAGAGAACAAAAUCAAGCAACUACCUGCUGAAAUUGGUGAGUUGUGUAACCUCAUAACGCUGGAUGUAGCGCACAAUCAGCUUGAACACCUUCCUGAAGAGAUUGGAAGCUGCACGCAGAUCACCAACCUUGACUUGCAGCACAAUGAGCUCUUGGACCUACCAGAAACCAUAGGAAAUCUGUCCAGUCUAAGUCGUCUUGGCCUGAGGUACAAUAGGCUGUCAGCAAUUCCGAAGUCUUUAGCAAAGUGCAGUGAACUUGAUGAACUGAACCUGGAGAACAACAACAUCUCUACUUUACCAGAGGGUCUUUUAUCCAGCCUUGUCAAACUGACUAGUUUAACACUGGCCAGGAACUGCUUCCAGUCCUAUCCUGUGGGUGGCCCGUCCCAGUUCUCCACAAUCUACUCUCUCAAUAUGGAGCACAACCGCAUCAAUAAAAUCCCCUUUGGAAUUUUCUCUAGAGCUAAAGUAUUAAGUAAGCUGAACAUGAAGGACAAUCAGCUGACGUCUCUCCCCUUGGACUUCGGGACUUGGACUAGUAUGGUAGAACUGAAUUUAGCGACUAAUCAGCUCACAAAAAUCCCUGAGGAUGUAUCUGGGCUUGUUUCCCUUGAGGUUCUUAUCUUGUCAAACAAUCUACUAAAGAAACUUCCCCAUGGAAUUGGAAAUCUACGGAAACUCCGAGAGCUAGAUCUAGAGGAAAACAAACUGGAAUCCUUGCCAAAUGAAAUAGCUUACCUCAAGGAUCUGCAGAAAUUGGUUCUGACUAAUAAUCAGUUGACCACCCUUCCCAGAGGUAUCGGUCACCUUACCAAUCUGACGCACCUUGGGCUUGGAGAGAAUCUUCUCACACACCUUCCUGAGGAAAUUGGUACACUGGAGAAUCUGGAAGAACUGUAUUUGAAUGACAACCCCAAUCUGCACAGCCUUCCCUUUGAGCUGGCUCUUUGCAGCAAACUGUCAAUAAUGAGUAUCGAGAACUGCCCGCUCAGCCACCUUCCACCUCAGAUUGUUGCAGGAGGACCCUCCUUCAUCAUUCAGUUCCUAAAAAUGCAGGGACCAUAUCGUGCCAUGGUCUGAUGCUCAUCGGAUUGUCCAAUACACUGUACAAAAUACAAACUGCAUUAAUGUUGUAAUUGUCUGUAUAUGUAUAUAUAAUAUAAUAUAUAUGGUUUAUAUUAUAUUAUAUAUAUAUAAAUAUAUAAAUAAUAUAAAAAGGCAAAUUUAAGACUGCAUUAUGUGUUUCUGCUAAUAGAGGAAUCAUAGCCAUUUAGAUUUUUUUUUUAUUCUGUAAAAAUGCUUGUCUAAGUUUUCUUUGCUGAAUUUGAUGGAAGUUGUCUGAAUAAUCUGGAAAUGCCAGUUCAUUUAAAGCAAUUGUCAAUGAACUUAAAGUUUAAAUUUAAGGGACAAAAAUAGUUUUGCUUGAAUUUACUUUCAGUUAAAAGAAAUGUAUAACCUUUAUAUAAUGAACUUUUCUGUUUUCCUCCCUCUUUUUUUUUUUUUGUGUCAAAGCCUGAAAGGGUCAUGUGGUUGGGAUUUUCUUUUAACUUAUUUUGAGAUUUGAAGCAAAUGGUGUUUUUAUAUUGUUUACAGUCAGAGUAAAUCACUGGAUUUUGUUUUAUUCUGAUUUGCUCUGUUUUAAUCAAUCAUAUCUAGAAUUUAUAUGCCUCUGCUGAUGAAUUUUUAUCAACCGGUUUGUAUACUAAAAACAUACACUCAUCAGAACAACUGGCAGGUGAAAAGGAUGCAGUCAAAACAAAAGAAAAAGAAAAGAAAAAAAAGCUUGAAUUCUUUUAAGUCUUGCUUCCCUGAGUUAUCAGUUGCAGGCAUAACAUAUCUGAACUGAGCCUUUUGCGGUUGGUCUUUUCUAGCACAAGUAAACCUUUUCAGAUUGGUAAAAAUGUUGAGUAUCCUCAGUGAAGAGCGGAUUUCAUUUUGUGAAGUAACAAGUCCAUGAGGUCUAACAGUACAGUUAAGUGGCAAGGGCAUAAUAUAUAUGUACAUUUUUAUUACAAUGUUGAGUCAUAAUACAACAGGCAAUUUUAAGGAUUCCUUAUAGUCCUUGUACAAUAAAUGAAUGUGUCUUACUUGUAAACA